GCCGCCACCUCAGCGGUAUACGCUAUACAGUAUACAUGAUACGUUGGGCCAAAUGCCAUUGUCUCAGAAAUUUGAGUGCUUACUUCUCAAACUCCGUCGCGGCAGCGAGGCGACGUCUUGCUAUACUUUGUUGCACCUGUCUGUCCUCGGGGUGGCUGUCAAGGUGACAGGGACAGGCAUGGUCACAAUUGUCGGGUGACAGAUGAUAUGCAUGCUUGCUACCCAAGAUCUGUUCCUGUGCCGUUCACCGCCACGUUGGGUAGCGGGACAAUCUCCGCCUGUAUCGUCUCGAAAUCACUUCCACGCAUCCUCGAGGCCAGUUCUGACCGGGUUUCUUUCGGCCCAGUUAGCCCGGGGCGUGUCUGUAUCGCCUCGCCAGACUGUGGGGAAGCAACCCAAGUGCACAGUGAAGUACCUACGACCCCGAGCAGCUCUGGCCCAUCUACCCAACCACGCCCCUACCCACGACGACUGACGCGGCUGCGAUCGAACGCUGUUCUGCGCCUGGUAUUGCUAGAAGCCAGCCGAGCCAGCCCAGACUACCUAUUCAGUCCACUCGCAUUGGUUUUGUCCGCGUGUGUGAGAAGCAUGACGUCGACGAGAGUCAUUGCUCUUGGUCGAGUCUCAUUCAAACUCCAGGGUUGGCAGCCGUGCAUGCACGCCUACCGGCAGCCAGCAGAGAAGAGGAUACUGAAGAGAUCGCACAGUGGGGGUGCCAGGCAAGCUCUAUGCGAGGCCAACAGAACCUCCUUCCACGGCUACGAGUUAAUGAAUCCGUUUGCCCCUUUGGCCCUGGGGUGUACUGGCACCUGCCGGACCUAGCCAUCGCUAUCCAAUAGUCCCAGCAGAGUACCGAAGGCAAGAUGAGCUUGAAAGGAAAACCAUUGGACGCGCUGCGCGCAUAGGUUCGAGUGUGCCCUGGCAGCAGGGAGGAGCGACGACACACAUGCAGUUCAUCUCACUUGACUUGGCGUCCGUUUUGAUUUUUCGACAGACGACACGGCCGGUAACCGGGAAACAGCGUGAUUCAGCCAACACAAGCAAUUUGCUUGGUACAAUGUCGCAGAUUAUGAUACAUACCUGGUUCAGACCCAACAGGCGCGUUCAUCGG